UAUAAUGCCGUUAGGUGGCCAUCUUCUGAUUCGAAUCUUCUUAAUCAUUUUGAAAGAAAAUGUCUUCGUUUAAUUCUGUUUAAUUUCUCUUCUCUUCUCAAAAUAUGGCUGCAAUAUUAUCGCAAUAUAGUACUACGGGCUUCUAUAAAGCACCUGUUUCUAAAGGCUUAUUUGGAUGUAUGUUCUUAACAUCAUGUGCUUUAAAUGUUCCAUUAUUAGCUCACGUUAAACAAUAUGUAAUAUAUAGCAUCCCUAAUAUAUUUGAACAAUAUGAGAUAUGGAGAAUUAUAACUUCUAAACUUACUUUCCUUGACACAAAAGAUUUGGUUUGCGGAACCUUACUGAUUUAUUAUUUUAGAAUAUUUGAACGUCGUUACGGAUCUCAUAAAUUUUGUUCUUAUUUACUUGCUGUGUGUACAGUUGCAACUGUGUUAGAAUUAACAACUGUGUAUGCCUUAAGACAAUUAGAUAUUUAUAUUUCCUAUCUACCAACUGGCCCAUAUGAACUUAUCUUUCCUCUAUUUGUGAAUUAUUUCUUGGACAUUCCUCGAGUUGCCCAAAUUCAUAUAAUGGGUGUUCCUGUGACUGGAAAGACACUGACUUAUCUUCUUGGUUUACAGUUAGCUGGCUUAAUAUGUCGUUGGAAUGUCUUGAGAAUUCAGCAGUGGAUAAGGGUUCCAGAUUUCUUAUCCAAAAUAGCUGCACUGACAUUAAAAUGGCUUCUAAAUUCCUCUCCUCCUCAAGAGGGAACUUUACCCAUGGGGGCUACUCUUGAAAUUCAACGACAGCAACAACUUGAACUAAUCGAAGAACAGAUGCUUUUAGCCAGAGCUCAAGAAUUCAGAGAAAGGGGCAACAUGCAGACCAGACAAUCUGCAGAAAGUUUUGCUAAUAGAUUUAUGCAGCAGGAUGGUGGAAUUUUUCAGAAUUACAACAGAAGAGAAGAAUGGGAAAAUGUAUUUAAUAUGAGAAGAAGACAGCCCAAUCCAAGAGAAGAAGGUUUACAGGGAGAGAAUUUUAGUGCUAAUGUUGAGAAUGAAAGUACUUUUCCUGUUGUUGAAGAACAGGUGCAAAGAUUAGUUGAAAUGGGUUUUGAUCGUCAAAGUGUGAUAAGAGCGCUUCGAAAUUCAAAUAACGACAUUAACUUAGCUACAUCCAUCUUGUUAACGGAGACAUAGUUUCUUUAUAUGAAUAUUUAACAGCCAGUAAAUAAUAGACUGCUUUGCAAAAUAUUCUUUGCUAAAUUGU